AGGAAACCGAUGGGGAUCCAAACCGAGCGAGUAAAGCUGCUGUGGCUCCCGGUUACUGAGCGAAGCUUUUGGUGGUCGUCGGCCUCAUGAGCGGACGGCAAAGAACGCUUUUCCAGACGUGGGGCGCAAGCGUUUUCCGAUCGGUUGAGACUCCCAGUUGCAGCUCUGGAACUGAGCGGCCUCAGGACCCUGCCAGCUCAAAGGCGCGUUUACCUGCAGCGGCGGAGGCUCAGGCGGAGUCGGACGAUGAUGUGUUGUUAGUCGCUGCCUAUGAGGCUGAGCGGCAGCUGAGUCUAGAGAAUGACGGAUUCUGCACCUCAGCGGGCGCACUGUGGAUUUACCCCACCAAUUGUCCGGUGCGGGACUACCAGCUGCGCAUCUCCCGAUCCGCACUGUUCUGCAACACUCUGGUGUGCCUGCCUACCGGGCUGGGAAAGACCUUUAUUGCCGCCGUGGUCAUGUAUAAUUUCUACCGCUGGUUUCCUUCCGGCAAGGUAGUUUUUAUGGCCCCCUCGAAACCCUUGGUGACACAGCAGAUGGAGGCUUGCUACCAGGUGAUGGGUAUUCCGCAGUCCCACAUGGCCGAAAUGACAGGUUCUACUCAAGCUUUUACCAGGAAGGAAAUAUGGUGCAGUAAGAGAGUCCUUUUUCUUACACCUCAGGUCAUGGUAAAUGACCUUACUAGAGGAACUUGUCCUGCUGCUGAUAUAAAGUGUCUAGUUGUUGAUGAAGCACAUAAGGCUCUUGGAAACUAUGCUUAUUGUCAGGUUGUCAGAGAACUGGUCAAAUACACAAAUCACUUUAGAAUCUUGGCUCUUAGUGCUACACCAGGUAGUGAUAUAAAAGCAGUGCAGCAGGUUAUUACCAACCUACUAAUUGGUCAGAUAGAGCUUCGUUCUGAAGAUUCUCCAGAUAUCUUGCCAUACUCUCAUGAAAGACGAGUAGAAAAGCUUGUUGUUCCCCUUGGUGAAGAACUUGCAGCCAUCCAAAAGACAUACAUCCUGAUUUUGGAAGCAUUUGCCAGUUCUUUGAUUCAGAAGAAUGUUCUGAUGAGAAGGGAUAUCCCCAAUCUAACAAAAUACCAGAUAAUUCUGGCAAGAGAUCAAUUUAGGAAAAAUCCAUCUCCAAAUAUUGUGGGAAUACAACAAGGAAUAAUUGAGGGAGAGUUUGCCAUUUGUAUUAGUUUGUAUCACGGUUAUGAAUUAUUGCAGCAAAUGGGAAUGAGAUCAUUAUAUUUCUUCCUUUGUGGAAUUAUGGAUGGGACAAAAGGAAUGACACGGGCAAAAAAUGAGCUUAGUCGAAAUGAAGACUUCAUGAAACUCUAUAAUCACCUAGAGAGCAUAUUUGCACAUACAAGUGAUACUUCAGCAAGUGAUGUUUCUGCUGUCCAAAAAGGAGAUAAAGAGUUUUUCUAUAGUCAUCCAAAGUUAAAGAAAUUAGAAGAAGUCGUAGUUGAUCACUUCCGGUCAUGGAAUGCUCAAAACAUCUCUGAAAAGAAAUGUGGUGAGACCAGAGUUAUGAUCUUCUCUUCAUUUCGAGAUAGUGUGCAAGAAAUUGCAGAAAUGUUUUUACAGCAUCAGCCAAUUAUUAGGGUAAUGACUUUUGUUGGCCAUGCUUCAGGGAAAAGCAUGAAAGGUUUUACCCAAAAGGAGCAACUGGAGGUAGUGAAGCAGUUUCGUGAUGGUGGUUACAACACAUUGGUUUCUACCUGUGUUGGUGAAGAAGGUUUGGAUAUAGGGGAAGUUGAUCUCAUAAUAUGUUUCGAUGCCCAGAAGAGCCCAAUUCGUCUAAUACAACGAAUGGGUAGAACUGGCCGUAAACGUCAAGGCAGGAUUGUUGUUAUUCUUGCUGAAGGACGAGAGGAGCGAACUUACAAUCAGAGUCAGUCCAACAAAAGAAAUAUUUAUAAAGCUAUUUCAGGUAAUAGAGAGGUCCUUCAGUUUUACCAAAGAAGUCCGCGAAUGGUUCCUGAUGGAAUCAAUCCAGAAUUACAUAAAAUGUUCAUCACACAUGAGGUAUAUAAACCAGAGAAGCCCUCUCGGAAUGUACAGCGGAAGUCAUCUCUGUUUUCCUAUAGAAAUGGAAUGAGGCAAAAUAACUCAAAUAACUGGUUUUUAUCAGAAGAAGAAUUUAAGUUAUGGAACAGAGUCUAUAGAUUAAGAGACAGUGAUGAAAUUAAGGAAAUAACACUGCCUCGAGUACAGUUUGCAUCUUUACAGGAUGAGGAAAAUACAUCAGCUUUACCAACUCUUGGGAUUCAUCAACUCUCUCUUUCUGAAUGGAGAGUGUGGCAGGAUCAUCCUUUUCCUACACAUCAAGUUGACCAUUCAGAUCGAUGCCACCAUUUUGUAAGCAUUAUGCAAAUGAUAGAAGGAAUGAGACAUGAAGAGGAUGAAUGCAGCUAUGAAUUGGAAAUGAAAUCUUAUUUACAAAUGGAAGAUGUUAACUUGGCUUUCAGCAUUCCCAGGAACAACUGUAGUAAUCUUGCCAGUGAUACCUUAACUACUGACAAGAACUCUUCAUUUACAAAGAAUAUAAACCAAGGCAGUUCACUUUCAGUGACAGAAUCUGAUGAGAAAUAUGCUGAAAUUUUUAAACAAACUCACAUCAAACCUACCAAAAUUGUUUCUGCAAAUAAAAGAACUUCUAAAGAAAUGAAGAAAGACUGGCCUAAUGAAGAAAAUAAUGAUGAUAUGGAUUCUUUAGAUACUGAUAGAAAUUCUAAUGUUGAAACUAUUUUUCAGGUAGACUUAACAAAUGAUAAAACAUCAGAUGCAGAUGGAGUUUCUGUCACAUGUACUAUUAAUGAAAAUCAUGUUAAUCAGCCAGGUGUGUUAGUAACAGAGGGUCAGUUUGCAAAUAAAUCUAGUUCUUUUGCUGGAAAUUUUUUAGACUCUGGUUAUAAUAGUUUCAGUGAUGAGAAAUCUCUUUCAUCUAAUUUGUUUCUUCCAUUUGAAGAAGAGCUUUAUAUAGAUAGAACAGAUGAUCAAUUUUAUAAUUGUCACUCAUUGACAAAAGAGGUACUUGCUAACGUAGAGAAAUUUUUAUCUCAUUCUCCUCCACCUCUCAGUGAACUCUCAGACUUGGAAUAUGAAAUUGCUAAGGGUUUUACAUUUGAGAAUUUACUUUUCCUACCCUGUGCAGAGCAUUUACUAAAUUGUAAGUCCACCUCUUUGAUGUCACAUUCAACUAUGAAUUCUCAACAAAAAUUAGAAUCAGAUUCACUUAAACUUAUCAAUUAUCCUUCUGAAAAAAGUUGUCUCUUUGGUGCAACUAACGAUAAUAUUUCUGAUGAGUCAUGCUUCAGUGGCUGUGAUGAUAAAGUGCAUAAAAAUUUUAAAAAUGAAAAUUUAGUAACUAACAAUCAUGUUCAAAUAUACAUAGAUCCUGCAAAGAACUUAGUUGACAGAAAUAACUGUGAUAUUGUUAACAGUGACUUUCCAGUAUUGUUAACUGAUCAGAAUGAGAGUUUACUACUAUUUGAAGAGGGUAAUGAAGAGUUUAAUGAGGUGAGCCUUUCUCCUUUGAAGAGUAAUUGCAAAUCUUUUUGUGUGUCAGAAAAAACUGUUUUAAGUGAAAUGGCUCCUGUCUCUCAGUUCUUAAUUUCUGAUGAACAUUUAUGUGAUAAUUCUCAACCCCGAGAUCAAAUUAUCAGUGGUACUAAUAGUUGGAAAUCUCAUGAAGAUUUGAAAGAUAUCCAUGAGGAAAAACUGAAGAGUGAUGAAUAUGUUUUUGAUUGCUCUGGGGAUUUAUUUUCCAUUACCUUUGAUUUAGGCUUUUGUAGUUCAGAUUCUGAUGGUGAAAUAUCAGAUCAUGCAUCAGAUACAAAUAACAGUAGACUUCAAGAUGAUCCAUCUGGAAGAAAUGUAAAUAUGAAGGAGGCAAAGGAAGAACAUUAUGUCUCAAAUCAACCAAGAGAUUGUGUUGAGAAUUUUACCAGUGGAGCCAUAACUAUCCCAUCAAGUGAAGAUAUACACAGUCCAAAGUUUGCACAUUUUCCAUUGAGUGCAGCAAAGAGUAAAGAGUUUGCAUCUCCUAGUUUUUCUGAGUUUUCUUUGCCAGUAGGAGAAAAAGUUAUGAGUACACCACUUUCUAAAAAAAAAUUGAACUCAUUUUCAAAGAUAAGAGAGGAUAUGCUUAAGAUACCAGAUUCUAAUAAGAAAGAAGUAAAUCUACAGUGUUUCAAAGAAACAUCAAAUUCAGUUUUUGAUGAUUCAGAAUUUUCUCCAGAAAAGGCUAAAAGCAGUGAUCAAAUUUCUCUACAUCAAUCCUGUCAUUAUUCUACUGAAGAUGAACAAUUACUAAUAAGCAAUGAAAGUGAAGAUGAUGAGAUUUUCCUAAGAAAAAGUAAAAAACGAAAAGGAAAUGUUUUAGAAUCACCUGAGGAUCAGAAAAAUAGUGAAGUUGAUUCUCCAAUUCAUGCUACCAAAAAGCGCAGGGUUCUUAGAUUAGAAUUAUCAUCUAGUGAUGAGAGUGAGAAUUUUCACAGACCACAUUCACAAUUAGAAGAUUUCAAGGAUUUUAACAGAAAUGCUAGAAGAGUCAUCAAAGUCCAAAAGACACAGAGUCACCUAAAGCAUAUGGCUAAGAAGUUUUUUGAUGAUGAAGCAGAACUUUCUGAAGAAGGUGCUGAAUGUGUUUCAUCAGAUGAAAAAGAUGAGUCAGAAAAUGAACAAGAUUCUUCAUUACUUGGCUUCUUAAAUGAUGAAACUCAGCUUUCACAGGCUAUAAAUGAUUCUGAAAUGAGAGCUGUUUACGUGAAAUCUUUGCAGAGUCCAUUGAUGAGCAAUAAGUACAAAAUGGUCCAUCAGAAACAUAGUAACAUAAACAUUUUCUCACAGAUUCCUGAACAAGAUGAAACCUAUUUAGAGGACAGUUUUUGUGUUGAUGAAGAAGAGUCUUGUAAAAGCCAAUCAAGUGGAGAGGAAGUUUGUGUUGACUUUAACUUAAUAACUGAAGAUAGUUUUGUAAAUGGGAGUAAAAAAUAUAAAACCCGACGUGCAGUAAUGCUAAAGCAAAAUUGUGCACGUUCAGAAAAGAAAUUAUCCAGAAUUAUUUUACCAGAUGAUUCAAGUGAAGAGGAAAACAGUGUAAAUGAUAAAAGAGAAACCAGUAUUGUGGGCAGCCCAAGCACUGUUAACAAGAACAAACAGGACCAUUGUUUGAAUUUAAAGCCUUCUGGGUCUUCUUUGCAGCUCAAAGUUCUUCAUAAUCCAAUAGCAAAUCAAUCACCAAAGCAGAAACAAGGGACACCACUUAAUUCAAAGGAUACAAUUUCUGAUACCUCACCAAUAUGUACUACUGUUGAGUUACAGGAAGAAUGUAAAACAUUUCCAACUCGGUUGAAGGUUUGUAGUGCUCUGCAGGAUUCUAGAAUUUCAUACAGUUCCAAUUCAAGACCACAUUUGACUGAGACGCAUACUUCUCUAAAACUCCCACAGGAAAAAAGAACCUGUAUUCUUGUAGACAGUCGUGAAAUCACUUCUGGUUUAGAAGUAAUUUCUUCCUUAAGAGCAAUCCAUGGGUUACAAGUAGAGGUAUGUCCUCUAAAUGGAUGUGAUUACAUUGUGAGUAACCGCAUGGUGGUGGAAAGGAGGUCUCAAUCUGAGAUGUUAAAUACUAUCAAUAAGAACAAGCUUAUCGAGCAGAUCCAGCACCUGCAGAACAUGUUUGAAAGAAUAUGUGUGAUUGUGGAAAAAGACAGAGAAAAAACAGGAGACACAUCAAGGAUGUUUAGGAGAACAAAGAGCUAUGACAGUCUGCUGACCACCUUAAUUGGCGCUGGAAUCCGAAUUCUUUUCAGUUCCUGCCAAGAAGAAACUGCAGAUUUACUAAAGGAACUGUCUUUAGUGGAACAAAGAAAGAAUGUUGGUAUUCAUAUUCCAACAGUAGUGAAUAGUAAUAAAUGUGAGGCACUUCAAUUUUAUUUAAGUAUUCCCAGUAUAAGUUAUAUAACUGCAUUAAAUAUGUGUCACCAGUUUACAUCUGUGAAAGAGAUGGCUAACAGCUCACCUCAAGAAAUCUCCACCUAUGCACAAGUAACUCAUCAAAAAGCUGAGGAGAUCUAUAGAUAUAUUCACUACAUAUUUGACAUGGAAAUGUUAUCAGAUGAUCUUAAAGAUAGAUCAAAAUCUGAUUCAUGAUCAGAGACUGUUCAAGAUAUGGUUAUUGUACUCACUAAAUGCACUUCAGGGCUGGGGUGGUGACUCAGUGGUAGUGUGCUCACCUAGCACACAUGUGGCCCUGGGUUUGAUCCUCAGUACCACAUGAAAAUAAA